CUGCCGCUGAAAGAAUACAAACUUCAUUUCUCUGUCACUGAGCAUCAUUCAGAAACAUUGUACGGAUCUGUGAAUUGUUUCCUGGUCUUCCAUCAGGGCAGUGUUACAGGUCCUGUGCCGCUGGGUGGGAGCAGUCCAACAAAAACCUGAAGACCCAACACUUUCUCAGGAGCAGUGAGGAGCAGACUGGCAAGCCACAAAACAUUGGCGCUGAAUGGAUGUCUUAAUAAGCUUUUAGAUAUGAUUUGGCUGGCAUCGGCAGAGGAGACAAGGGGAAAGCCUGCAAGCACUGUACCGUAAAUCACUGCAGACCCACCGGCAGUGACGGUCCUAGGAUGCUAAUGAUCUCGCCAGGAAAGAAUUAACCGCAGUUGUCCAGAAACAGAACACAAUAUAGAACAGGGAGGACAGACCCCCGGAUGUAUCGAAGAUGGCAUAGGAAUAAAUCACCUUCCAAUGACUGAGGACAUCUUUACCAGUGGGCGCCAGCCCGAGCCAGUGGCUUCGUGUUGAGCUGACAGAACUUGUCCACUGCUUUCCUGAAAACCUCUUUCUCUCAAUUCAUGAGCCAGCAGGAUGCGGUCGCUGCGCUUUCAGAACGCCUUCUCAUAGCUGCGUACAAAGGCCAAGCAGAGAAUGUGGUUCAGCUCAUCAACAAGGGCGCCAAGGUAGCGGUUACCAAGCAUGGCCGGACUCCCCUGCACCUUGCUGCCAAUAAGGGCCAUCUUUCUGUGGUCCAGAUCUUGCUGAAGGCCGGCUGUGACCUGGACGUCCAGGAUGAUGGGGACCAGACUGCCUUGCACCGGGCCACGGUGGUGGGCAACACAGAGAUCAUUGCAGCACUCACUCAGGAGGGAUGUGCCCUGGACCGCCAAGACAAGGAUGGAAACACCGCCCUACAUGAAGCGUCCUGGCAUGGUUUCAGCCAGUCAGCCAAGCUGCUCGUUAAAGCAGGAGCCAAUGUGCUUGCUAGGAACAAGGCGGGGAACACGGCUCUGCACCUGGCCUGCCAGAACAACCACUCUCAGAGCACGCGCAUCCUCCUGCUGGGCGGCUCCCGCGCCGACCUCAAAAAUAAUGCAGGCGACACCUGUUUGCACGUUGCUGCUCGCUAUAAUCACUUGUCCAUCAUUAGGCUCCUCCUCAGUGCUUUCUGUUCUGUCCAUGAAAAGAACCAGGCUGGAGACACAGCUCUUCAUGUUGCCGCUGCCCUAAAUCAUAAGAAGGUGGUUAAAAUCCUCCUGGAAGCUGGAGCAGAUGGGACCAUUGUGAAUAAUGCAGGCCAGACUCCGCUGGAGGCUGCCCGCUACCACAAUAAUCCAGAAGUCGCUCUUCUCCUCACUAAAGCGCCCCAGGUCUUGCGCUUCAGUCGCGGGCGAAGCCUGAGGAAAAGGAGAGAGAGGCUCAAGGAGGAGAGGAGGGCGCAGUCUGUACCGAGAGAGGAGGUUGCACAGAGCAAGGGCAGUGUCUCAGCAGGAGACACCCCCAGCAGCGAACAGGCUGAGGUCAGAAAAGAGGAAGCCAGAGAAGACUUUCUGUCUGCCUCCCCAGAGCCCCGAGGAAAGGAUAACAGGAGAAGAAAGUCAAAGCCCAAGGUCAGGAGGCACGCGAAAGCAGCCGGGAGGGAGAUGGCAGAGGAUCCUGGGGUUGGUCGUGCCCACUGGCUGAGGAGCCUCCUCACCUGGCUGGGUGGUUUGGAGCCAGAACGUAGAACUUACUCCUGGCUAGGUUCAGACAGGAGGUGGGCCUGCCGGUGUGGGGCUGGGGGCGGACACCACAUGGCGAAGCAAGGUGUGGGAUUCUCUGCUGAAUGGGGGAGUGGGAGCCCCCUGCUGGGGUCACUCUUGCCGAUGUUGCGGGGCUCAGGGGUGUUGGCGCUGUCUCCCUCACAGGUGUCAGCAUUGUCUGACCUCAUCCCCCCAGAAGACCAACAGCCGGGACCCCAGAAGGACCCACAUGCUCAUCAUCACCCUAAAAAGAAAAGCAAACAUCGGUGCUUGUCCCCACCACCGCCCCAUGAGUUCAGAGCGUACCAGCUGUACACACUGUACCGGGGCAAGGAUGGGAAAGUGAUGCAGGCACCAAUAAAUGGCUGUCGAUGUGAACCUCUAAUCAACAAGCUGGAGAAUCAAUUGGAGGCAACUGUGGAGGAGAUAAAAGCAGAGCUGGGAUCAGUUCAGGAUAAAAUGAAUACGAAGCUGGGGCAUAUGGAGAGUAAGACCCAGCACCAAAUGCGUGUUUUGGACAAGCUGAUGGUUGAGCGACUCUCGGCAGAGAGGACAGAAUGCCUGAACCGCCUGCAGCAGCACUCGGAUGCUGAGAAGCAUGAGGGAGAGAAACGGCAGAUGUCCUUGGUGGAUGAGUUAAAAACUUGGUGCAUGUUGAAGAUUCAGAAUCUGGAGCUGAAGCUUUCUGGGGACUCUAGGGCCUCCAGGGCUAAAUCCACACCAUCUACUUGCGAAUCCUCUACAGGUGUGGAUCAAUCAGUGGUGACUGCAGGCCCAGCAGCGGCGUCCGACAGUUCUUCACAAGUGGUUAGGCCCAAGGAAAAGGCCCCCAGCACCACUGCUCCCCACAGACUCCAGGAGCUGUCCUCCUCUGACUGUACAGGCUCCCGACUGAGGAAUGUCAAGGUCCAGACAGCCCAGCUGCCCGUGAAUGAGGCAUCCAAGUGUGACCAGCAGGCUGGGCCAUGUGUCAACAGAGGCACUCAAACCAAGAAGUCUGGGAAGAGUGGGCAGAUGAGGCAUCGGACCCAGCAGCCCAGUGGCACCUGUGGGCAGCCAGCAGCAGGCAGCGAGCAGACGGCCCCUCGUGUCCGCAACACUUCCCAAGCCCUGGAGCUUACCCAGUAUUUUUUUGAAGCUGUUUCUACCCAGAUGGAAAAGUGGUACGAAAGGAAGAUUGAAGAAGCACGAAGUCAGGCCAAUCAGAAAGCCCAGCAGGACAAGGCCACACUGAAGGAACACAUUAAAAGUUUAGAAGAGGAACUUGCUAAACUGAGGACUAAGGUGCAGAAGGAAAAUUAGGAUAUGGAGAAUAGAACAAAAGAGAAUUCUUGAGGAUUUCUAGCUUUGCAACUGCAGAAUAGCUGUGGCUAAGAAGCUGUUCAUGUAACAGAUCUGCCUUUUAAAAAAAUCACUACUUUCUGAAAUGUGCCAUAGACACGCUUCAUGUACCCUGCAGUUACUGAGAAGAGACAUCAGCAAUUAAGCUGAAACCAGGGGAAACUUGCUCUUUCAGGUUUCACUACAAACGCUAAACCUCAGCCCAGGGUCAUCUGAAGGUCAAAAGCUCAGAUUAAGCAAACUAUGUAAGAAACAGAAUGAUGUGUAACCCUAAACCCUAAAAUUCAGGAUGUGUGAAAUUCUAAGUCAAAAGCAAGAAAAUUACAUCCUUGUAAACUCAGUGAGUCAUUCAUAUGAAUACACCUGCCGUGCCUAGAUAAGAGCGUCUUUGUAAGAGAGGUGGAGCGCUGAGACGGGCUCAGCCCUCUUUGUCAGAACUCCAGUCCUCAAAGUGGUGAUGUUUUAACCAGGUCAGAAUUUACCACAUAGAUUCUGAGUGGAAGGAGAUUUUCAUGACCUCAUAAGAUCCAGUAUAUCUUAAUUUUCUGAAACGCCAAGAGAUUAUUUAAAUGACAGGACGCUGGCUAACAGGACCAGAGAUGCUAAUGAGCUCAAAUGAGAAAACUUCCAAAGAUUUAAUCAUGGUUUCUAUAUUUUCGGCAAAAGAACAAUCGCAGCAGAUUAAUGGGAAGAACAUCUAGGUAACAAAUACCUGCAACUUCUAUAAUCCACUCAUAAACCUAAUAAUCUUAGAGUACCUUUCUGAGACUGAGCUACAUUUUUUUUUAAGGUGUCCCUUUAAAGUAUUUGAUUUUAAAUGGAGUUCUGUCACUGAAGCAGCUCGGAAACUUUCCGUGGCUUUCAGUGACUGUGUCACGGUGAUGUCAGUGAUGAGGUUUAGACACCGCUGCUCCCCAGCCUGACGGAGCCCUUAAGACUAUACUUCAGCAGCAGUGAAAUGAACACAGGGAAAAAGGCAUCAGAGCAGCUUGGCUAUGUUGCAACUUCGGAUUUAAUUACCUUUCAAGCUUUUGUCCUUUGAUAUGUGGGAUUAUCAGUCUCCUCAAAAUCCCACACAUGCUAGAAACUUCAAUUCUGUUUCUAUUAACACAAGACUCUAGCAGCUACCGGCCAUAAUUGUGAAUAAAGUACUGCUCACUGAGCCAAAGAAAAACGACUUGUUGACAUGAAAACACCCUGAAAAACAGUAAGCGUUUAGUCCCGUUAGCUCAGUUUUGGUUUUUUUCUGAUGGGGGCAAUUCAAGGAUAGAUAGUCUAGAAAUGUAAGUCAGCAUCACGGUUGGAGACGCUGCAGAUGGAAUGCAUGUGAUCUCAAGGUGAUGUCGUGUUGUGAGCUGUCCUGUUCCUCAGCUCCACAGUAGGGAAGUCCUUCCCCAGACACUCACCAGCGUGAUCAUCUAGGGCUCUUCUCCCUUCUCAGCUCACUGUUUCCCAUGCCGAAUCACAGGCUUGUAGAGGUAGACAGUUCUAGCUUCAGUUUUCUCAGUCUAUUCCCAAGAUAUCAAAAACUUCUGUAGGAUCAUGCUUCAGGAUAUACUGUCCUAUUGGGACCUGCCUAAUGUUCAAAGAGAGAAAAUCCUGAGAAGUUCCAUAAGUCAUUUCCCAAGCGGGAGUUACUGUCAUUUAUCAGAAUAUAUUUUCCUCAAGGUUUCCUUGUGAAAUAGGCCAUAAAGUGCUUUGAUGGGAGUGUUUUGGUUGUGUACCUCCUGUCCAUUAGGAGCGGGCAGCUUAUAACUGUGAACCGGGUAUUUUUGUCAAAAGUCACAACUAGGGAAGAGAUUAGAGAGGAAUUAGAAAUGUCAAAUGGACCUAGUCCGGCAGUCUCCAAGAGUGUCUCUUUGUGCUCUGUCACAGAAAUCAAGAGAGGCAGGAAAGAGAACAGGGUCGGUCAGCUUUCUACUCAGUGGGCUGAAGUGUCAGUGAAGGCUAUCACAUGAGUGUUGCAAUUUCAACAACUGUCAAGUCUUUUUUGUUCCUUAGCAUUGUCAGAACAACUGCAGGUCUGGUAUUUUUCUGUAUUUUCCCCUUGAGCUAUCUGCUACAAUAAGCAAAUGCCCCAAGUUCACUUUUCUGGAGAAACAGAACUAUAAACAAUUGAUAGCCUGUCAUCUAAGUCAUAUUUCAAUUUGAGGCUGAAACUUCCAACAGCUGUGGGAAAGUGAUGUGAAACAGAAAAAAACUGUGUAUUACAUUUUAAAAUUAUUAGUACAUUAUUACAUUGAGUAUACUAAAUAUAUGUGAUAAACUGAAUGUUAGUUCUCAGCUCACUUUGACUUUGGGAACCCAAAAUAAAGGAAAUGAUAUUUUUAUGGUUAUACUUCUUUUUCUGAGUCAAAUGUUGAUAUAACUGGGAAGCAUGUUUGUCUUCUAUUUAAUAUUUUUAUCACCUUGAAUUUGUGUCUGCUCCAAGUGUUAAAUGUUGUUCCCAAUACGAUGGACCUUAAACUCAUUAAAAAAUUAAAAUGUAACUACUCUGUUUA